CAAGAUCAUGAUCUCUUAAGUACUGAGACCUUGACCCCAUCUUUAGGGGUUUUCUACUCAGGCGUGUCUGUUUGAAAGUGCAUAUCGACGGCUGAUUGAAGUCGGAUAGUUGGUUGUCUUCUGCUGUGCCGUCUUGAGAUCGGCAAAUCAUGGCGUCCAAAUCCUCCCGAUACGACCCUCGCUACGACGACACGUACAUAUCCAAAGAAGCGUACCCGGAUCCUCGUGCACCACCAGCCAGUGAUGCCUAUGAAUAUAUUGGUCCUGAUGCUUUCCCCGAACCACCUACGCAUACGUUCGAUCCAGAUACCGUGCCCCCACCUAGACGGGGCAGUCCAUCGCGGCGUCACAAAUCCAACAGGUCCGCGACGCAACCACCAAAGACAAGCAGACGCUCUCCUCCAGCAUCGAGGCGCGCGGUGUCACCAGCUCCACGAUCGUCUAGACUCGACGGGUCACCACCUCCACCACGGCAUUCAAGGCGCACCCGAUCACCACCCCGCGGACGGCCCGCGCGUGCCGCUACCGCCCCGGUGCAAACCACCAAAACGUCUAGACGCAGCAAGUUCGUCGACAAGCCUGCGGUUCAGAACCUGAAUAAGUAUGGACGGAAAGGGUUGCACACACUCGGCGACGUGGUGGAGGCGUAUGCCGCUGCUCAGGCGGGGGCGGAUGUCAGGGGCCGAUCCGUGGAUCGUGAUUAUCCUGCCGGCGGGUUUUACUCAAAGCCACGCGGCAGUUCGCACAACUACUUCCUCGAUAAUGACAUGCGACCCCAUCGCCGCUCUCACCAUCUGUCGCCGAGUCCAUCCCCAUCACCCGUACGCCGGGGAACCGCCCGACACAGUAAGAGAAGGCGGCCUUCGUUGAAUGGUAGACAGAAAUCUUAUAGCGUGUCGCCAGGGCGAUACAGUCGGGAUUCGAGCUACGACCGUGGUCGUGGUCAAUCUCACAGACAUAGCCGGCGACGAUCCCCGUCGAGCAGUCUAACCCCCUCGCCACGGCCACGUGGACGACGUCCCCGAUCGCAGCCUCAUGGCGAUUCAACCACAACAGGUCCCACGUCCCGGAGGCAUUCGAGCAUGAACGCCUACAGAUCGAACAUGAAGACGCCGCAUCCCGAAGGCGCUCAUCGGUGGCAACUGGCUGCCCGAGCAGCAUUGGAGGCUGGCGGCGUAACUGCAUUCCGGCUCCGCAAGGAACCGGGACCCUGGACGGGCGAAAAGGGGGCGAAGGUUGUUACGGCCGCUGUAGGGGCUGCAGCCAUUGAUGCAUUCAUCGACAAGGAUCCGCGACGUCGGGGUGGCGGCGGCAUGAAGGGCAUGGCGGAAAAUGCUAUCGGUGGGAUGCUGGCUAGCAAACUGAUGGGCUUCAAGUCGGCGACUACGCGGAAGGGGGACUCGCGGUACGUGUAAACUGCCUGGUAUUGCUGAGUGACGACCAUUUCGUAUGUUCGUUUGCAAGUCCAAUGCCGAGAAGGCGCUCGCCUGACACACGGCCCGUAUCGAUCUGAAAGUUCCGCUUUAUAUAUUUCACGCAUGGUAGGAGUCAGGGCCCGGGUGCGAUGUGACAUUCGGUCCACAGGACGGCAGAACCGGGGAUAUGAUGAACUGUUAUGUUAAAGGAAACCCAGAGCAACAGAAAAUGUAGAACCUGCAUGCGGGGAGUUUAGACAAAUUGAAUACUUGCUUGUCUCACCACG